AACGUGAAUGCGGGUCUGAUCCAUAGUGAAUCGUAACACACACUCCAAAGCGCAAGGCGGCAGUAUUACAAAAAUACAGGCAAAAACAAAUCGUCAUCUCCGUGCGACGGCACAGCAAGCGCGAUGGCAGAAUCAGGAACAGAGAAAGUUAUCAAGCUAGUUCCAGAGAAUCUUCUAAAGAAACGCAAAGCGUACCAGGCUAUCAAAGCUACUCAAGCCAAACUUGUGUUACAGCAGAAGAGAAAAGUCCAAAAAGGAAUUCCCUUGAAGUUUAAGCGCUUGGAGGACUUUUUGAAAAACAGCAAGAGGAGGAAUCGAGAUGAGACACGACUCGCCAGACUCAAACAUAGACCUCUGCCGCCCAUGCCCCCAGCAAAGAACAGCCUGGUGUUUGCUGUCCGCAUCAAAGAGGUCAAAGGCGUGAGCCCCAAAGUGAUGAAGGCCAUUCAGAUGCUGAGGCUGAGGAAGAUCUUUAGUGGCGCCUUUGUGAAAGUCAGCAAGGCUUCUAUAAAAAUGCUUAAGACAGUGGAACCUUAUGUUGCGUGGGGAUAUCCCAACUUGAAAUCAGUCCGUGAGCUGAUAUUGAAAAGAGGUCUGGCGAGGAUUGACAAGAGAAGGAUUCCUCUGACUGACAAUAUACUCAUAGAGCAGCAUCUCGGACAAUAUGGGAUCAUCUGUUUGGAAGACCUUAUUCACGAGAUCUAUUCCGUUGGAAAGAAAUUCAAGGUGGUAAAUAACUUCCUGUGUCCGUUCCGUUUGUCCGUACCACGACAUGCUGCUAAAGACAAAGUUGGACUGCUGAAAGAUGUUGGUGAUCCUGGACCCAGAGCAGAGGCCAUAAACACAAUCAUCAGGAAACUCAACUGAGCUAACAGACUUUCAUGGACUGCUGUUUUGUCACCUUCCUUCAGAUUACACCAUCAAAAAAAGAACUGUACCUCAAUGCCUGAUUUUGAUUUGAUUUUGACUUUAUUAAUUCAUAUACUUUAUAAAUUCUCAUCACAGCAAGCUCACCACACAACAAAUAGAUUAAAAAAAACAAAACAAUACUGCACAAUACUGUAUUUCAUACAGCCCCCCUUGUUUCAAGUAUCACGGUACACUCUACACCAUGUUAUACAAAAUACAAUUUAAAAUUCUACAUCAGUCAUCUAAUCAGGGUUCCCACGCUUCUUGAAAGUAAUUGAAUUUCAGUCAUAUGGAUUCAAGGCCUGGAAAGUACUUGAAAACAAACAUAGGUCCUUGAAAGUGCUUGAAUGAAAUUUGGUUUAUGGCGCUAUUUCAAAAAUUUUCCUAUAUGUGCUGUCAUAGACAGAACGAAACGGCACUAAUGAUUGGGGUGGAGUAGCGCAAAAACAAACAAACAAAAAAAAAACUUGGCUUGUGUUGAUGUGCAGCCUAGAGUUUUCUUAAGCCACUCCUGCUGGGUUUCUGACCAUUACCACCCACUCCCGCAACGUGUGUGUCCCGCUCCCGCAAACAUUCUAUAUUGUAUAUAGUUGUCGCGCUAUCAAUAUGUGGUGUAAUAAAAUCAAAUUAGAAUAAGCGCUCGCAGUUCACUUUCACGUUCGAUUUCGCGAUCACGCGCACACUUUGUAAAGUCAGCACAUCUUACAGUGCGUGCAUAAUUAUUAGGCACGUUGAUAUUCUGAUCAUAUUUUUUUCCAAGCACAUUUUACCAAUACCAAAACACAUCAAUCUUAAUAACUACUAUUAAUUUUGUAUUUAAUCAGAAUCAGCUUUAUUCGCCAAGUGUGCGCAAACACACAAGGAAUUUGUUGUGGUCUUUAAGAAGCUCUUGGUACAUACACGCAUACAUACAUAUAGUGGGGCAAAAAAGUAUUUAGUCAGCCACCAAUUGUGCAAGUUCUCCCACUUAAAAAGAUGAGAGAGGCCUGUAAUUUUCAUCAUAGGUAUACCUCAACUAUGAGAGACAAAAUGAGAAAAAAAAAAUCCAGAAAAUCAUUAUAUAUAUCAAUAUUGUAGGAUUUUUAAAGAAUUUAUUUGCAAAUUAUGGUGGAAAAUAAGUAUUUGGUCAAUAACAAAAUUUCAUCUCAAUACUUUGUUAUAUACCCUUUGUUGGCAAUGACAGAGGUCAAACUUUUUCUGUAAGUCUUCACAAGGUUUUCACACACUGUUGCUGGUAUUUUGGCCCAUUCCUCCAUGCAGAUCUCCUCUAGAGCAGUAAUGUUUUGGGGCUGUCGCUGGGCAACAAGGACUUUCAACUUUUCGAUGGGGUUGAGAUCUGGAGACUGGCUAGGCCACUCCAGGACCUUGAAAUGCUUCUUACGAAGCCACUCCUUCGCCGUUCGGGCGGUGUGUUUGGGAUCAUUGUCAUGCUGAAAGACCCAGCCAUGUUUCAUCUUCAAUGCCCUUGCUGAUGGAAGGAGGUUUUCACUCAAAAUCUCACGAUACAUGGCCCCAUUCAUUCUUUUGUUUACACGGAUCAAUCGUCCUGGUCCCUUUGCAGAAAAACAGCCCCAAAGCAUGAUGUUUCCACCCCCAUGCUUCACAGUAGGUAUGGUGUUCUUUGGAUGCAACUCAGCAUUCUUUAUCCUCCAAACACGACAAGUUGAGUUUUUACCGAAAAGUAAAAACUCAACUUGCAAUCCUCUUCUGGAUCAUCCAAAUGCUCUAGCAAACUUCAGACGGGCCCGGACAUGUACUGGCUUAAGCAGGGGGACACGUCUGGCACUGCAGGGUUUGAGUCCCUGGCGGCGCAGUGUGUUACUGAUGGUAGCCUUUGUUACUUUGGUCCCAGCUCUCUGCAGGUCAUUCACUAGGUCCCCCCAUGUGGUUUUGGGAUUUUUGCUCACAGUUCUUGUGAUCAUUUUGACUCCACGGGGUGAGAUCUUGUGUGGAGCCCCAGAUCGAGGGAGAUUAUCAGUGGUCUUGUAUGUCUUCCAUUUUCUAAUAAUUGCUCCCACAGUUGAUUUCUUCACACAAAAGCUGCUUACCUAUUGCAGAUUCAGUCUUCCCAGCCUGGUGCAGGUCUACAAUUUUGUUUCUGGUGUCCUUUGACAGCUCUUUGGUCUUGGCCAUGGUGGAGUUUGAGUUGGACUGUUUGAGGUUGUGGACAGGUGUCUUUUAAACUGAUAACGAGUUCAAACAUGCCAUUAAUACAGGUAACGAGUGGAGGACAGAGGAGCCUCUUAAAGAAGUUACAGGUCUGUGAGAGCCAGAAAUCUUGCUUGUUUGUAGGUGACCAAAUACUUAUUUUACUGAGGAAUUUACCAAUUAAUUCUUUAAAAGUCCUACAAUGUGAUUUUCUGGAUUUUUUUUUCUCAUUUUGUCUCUCAUAGUUGAGGUAUACCUAUGAUGAAAAUUACAGGCCUCUCAUCGUUUUAAGUGGGAGAACUUGCACAAUUGGUGGCUGACUAAAUACUUUUUUGCCCCACUGUACAUAUCUGACAUGAAAAUAGAAACAUUUAAAUGUUUCUAAGACUUAACAAUAAUAAUAAUAAUGUGUAUGAAUCUGGAACAGAUGUAUGUACAGAUUUGCAUAAUUUUCUCUCUAUAUACAGCUGUAUAGAAAAAGAAAAAGCACAUGUAUUUACAUAGUACUUGUGAGAGAGGCAAUAAUUAGAGAUGGAAAUGAAUUACAGGCAUGAAUUGCAGAACACAGGUAAUAAUUCCUGUGUUAGCUGUUUAGGCUGGAGAUGGCAUGGGGAAAAACUGUUUUAUGCCUGUUUUUAAUCAUUUACAAGGCUGGAAGUGAAAAACUCCUUAUUCAGGUGUGCAGAAUUAUUAGGCAGGUUUUCUUUUACAGAUGAAAUGAGCCAAAAAAGAGAUUUAACUCAGACUGAAAAGUCAAAAAUGAUUAAAUCCCCAUGAGAAAUAUUCAAAACUAAUGCAAUACAGAAAUUGCAAAGUUAAGGCAUGACCAUUGGUCAGCGAAAUGCUCAUUGGGUCAGCAGCGUCAGAUAAAAACAGGUGGAGAAGAAAAGACGCAUGUUAACUGCAAAAUAAUUAAAAAAAAUUAGGUGUAAAACCAUCAGGAAACAUUUAGUCUCCAGCGCUACCAUUUUCCAGAACUGCAACCUUCCUGGAGUCUCCAGAAUUACAAGGUGUCAGGUUCUCAGAGACUUUGCUUGGGUAAAAAAUCCUAAAAAAAAAUGACCCUCACUUAAUAAGAAUAACAUGUUGAAGUGUUGUGAAAGACAAUUUUUUUUAUAGGCUUUAUAGACCGAUAAGUUGUGAGUGACUCUUGAAGGACCAGCACCACACCCUCUUGUACCACUGUUUGAAGAAUUUAUUUUCCAGAAUCUGGCAGUAAGUUUUAGGAGCUCAUUUUUAGUCAAUCUCUGAAAGACAGACUUUUCAGGAUAGGAGAUGGACAAAAGAUGAACUCCCAAAACUUACUGCGACAUGGAGCUAAGGAGAAAAUGUAGAACUUGAAAAAUAAGAAAAACAGCUUAGUGAAAAGCGUUUACAGUUUAAAAACAAAUAGAAAGUCCUAUUUUUUUUACAUUUUCUUUAUAUUUUUUUUGCAGAUUUGCACAUUUAAAAUUUUCAUGAAAUAUUUUCACAAAAUAUUGAAGUUUUGAGCAGCUGCAUGUAUGCGCACCUGCAUUCUUCUAGGUCAAAGAUGA